AUGUUCCGGCGGCGUAACAAGGUCAAACUAUCCGAUGGUGACAAAUUGAGCAUCGAAACGUUGCCACCGGUAUCCCCGACAAGCAGUACACUUCGCCACGCAGCUAGCGAUGGAAGUGCUUCGAUGUCCUUGAGCUUGAGCGUAGAUACAGGGAGGGCAGGAUUUCUCAGAUCAAACACCGCUACUAAGCCGGACUCAUACGUAGCCGCCACGCAACGAUCGGAUACCGAAGUCAGUGGCUCGAAAUUUUGCAAGCUCCCUACAUCUUCACCGUCAACGGCUGGUGCACGGACUUCAACCACGUGUUGCGAUGGUCUAGACUCUUGUGAUCCAUGA